AGCGACAUCUAUAGUUUGUUGACAAUUUUCGCCUCAGAAAGGGCUGCGUCACUCAACUAUCGUUAAGCAUGGAAGGCAAACCAGCAAGUUUGUAUAUUCCUUUUUUGAGAUCUUGUACAGAGGAAUCUUCCUCUCCUAUUGAAGGAGAAAUAAAAGGAGAAAUUCCGAAAUGGCUGAAAGGCUCUCUUCUCAGAAACGGAUCAGGAUUACUGAAAAUCGGUCCCGAUCAAUACAAACACCUGUUUGAUGGAAUGGCAUUGGUGCACCGAUUUGGUGUACAAGAUGGUAAAGUGACGUACCAAAACAAAUUUGUGAGAAGCAACGCAUACCAAAUCAACACGAAAGCCAACAGAAUAGUAGCGCAUGAGUUCGGCACACUUGGCGUACCUGAUCCUUGCAAAACGAUAUUUCAGAGGUUUACUAGUUUUUUUAAAGGUACUGGACUAACAGAUAAUGACUUAGUAAAUGUCAUUAUGUAUGCUAAUGAACCAUAUGCUUGUACCGAGUCCAAUGCUAUUUGGAAGAUUGAUCCUGUCACAUUAGAAAGCUUGGAAAGGGUAAAUUUGAGUAGUUAUCUUCCUGUCACUGCUGCUGUUGCUCAUGCGCACGAAGGAACAGAUGGCACAGUUUAUAACGUAGGAAGCGUUUUUAAAAUGCAUCCACAGUACAAGAUUUUAAAAUUUCCCCCAAAGGAAAAAGAGUCUGAUAACACAUUUGAAAAAGCUUCAGUUGUUUGUACCAUACCGUCUUCAAAAUACUUUUCCCUCAGCUAUCAUCACAGCUUUGGUAUGAGCGAAAAUUAUUUUAUAUUUGUGGAACAACCUCUUCAGUUAUCUUAUACGAAGUUAGCUGUGUCUUCUUUAAUCACCAAAUCAUCAACGUUUGCUGAUGCUCUCUCCUGGAAUGAUAGCCAGCCAUGUCGCUUCCACGUCGCACGUCGAUCUGAUGGGGAACUGCUGAACACCGUGUACCUCUCUAAAGGUUUUUUUGUCUUUCAUCAUAUCAAUGCUUAUGAAGAAGAUGAUCAGCUUGUAGUUGAUCUUUGCGUUUACGACGAUGGAGAGAUUGUGAAUAAGCUUUACAUAAAAGCUCUUGAAGAUUUCUUUAAAAAUAAUCCCCAUUGCCCUAAUGGUAUUGUAAAUUCACGGACGAAGAGAUUUGUUCUACCUCUUAAAGUAGAAGGAAAAAACAAGGAUGAAAAUCUUGUAAAAUUGCCAAACACAACAGCUACAGCUAAGAAAUUGGAAGAUGGUACAAUUUUCUGUACCGACGAAUUACUAACAGAUGUAUGGUUUACAGAAUUACCGAGAAUAAAUUAUGAAAAAUACAAUGGAAAGAAGUACAAAUACUAUUAUGCUGUUGCAACAAAUGGAAAAACUUCGGAGAAUUGUUUGAUUAAAGGAGAUGUUGAAAACAAAACAUCCAUUUCUUGGUUUGAUGAAGGAGCUGUACCAUCAGAGCCUGUAUUUAUUUCUGAUCCUAACUCAGAAAAUGCUGAUGAAGACUCAGGUGUUCUAUUGGCUUCACUUACGUAUGAAGGGGAUGAAAACAAAGUUUCCUUGCUUGUUUUGGAUGCUAAAACUAUGAAGGAAAUUGGAAGAGCAACAUUUCAUGCGAAAUCUUCUGUUCCUGGAACAUUUCACGGAAUAUUCGUGGAUAAAGUUUAAAUUGCAUAUAAAGCUCUAUAAACAUGCAACAUAUUUUGUUCCAGAAUUAUUUUAUAAUAUUGAAAAUAAUUUUUUUAAAUGUGUAUUUGAAAGCAAAUGUAUUUUUGUACUGCUAUUGUAAUUAAUAAAAUUGAAAUAUAACGAUUAUAGAUGUAUAUAAAGAUGUAUGGGAUUCCUAAAAAUGUUAAUGAGUUCAGCCCGGCAACC